UGGUUAUCUCUCGCGGGUGUUCAUCAUCGAACCUUGUCUUGGAUGAACGCUUUGCUUCCGACAAAAUUGUGAAUUAGACGACGAACGACGACGAGGAGAAGGGGAGACACACACAGAGAGAGAGAAUCUUGGUGUGUUUCUUGUGUAUGGAAUUAAAUACCAUAAAAUUCAGAUUUAUACGUAUGUUCAUCCUCUCCAAGCAUGGAACUGGCACAAGAACGGGAGCCCGUUAACCACAACACAACGCACUUAUCAUCGGCCUCCAAACAAGAUCAAGAACAAGAACGAGACGAUCAUAUUCCUUCAAUCUCCACCAAGAACCGAAACCAAUCGAUAUCUUCUUCUUCUUCAUCUUCAUCUCCAUCUUCUUCUUCGAUAGAGGACGGGUUUAAACCCGAGAAAUCAGACCAAUAUCACCUUUCAGACAGCGAAACUCCGAGUCCACAUUCAGACGCAAGACCUGUCACAGAACAAUGGCCGCAGACACAAGUAAUGGAAAGAUCCGAAGAAAACGCCACCAACCCUAACCCUAAUAAUAACCUAACUUACAAGCUUCCUUCUCACAUCUUCGCCAGAACAACCUCCUCAGCUCCCGUCGACUGGAGCACCCUUUCCAAUGAAUCCUUGUUCAGUAUCCAUAUGGGCAACACCAGCUUUGCCGGAGACUAUUUCAAAUCCGGCGAACUCACUUUCCCUCAGCCACCUCUGUCGCCGAUUCGGUUCAACAAUAACCAUGGCGUUUCUGAUGACGUGGCGACGACGGCAAUGCCAUUGGAUGCCAGCAAGAACGUGGCUGCUUCGGAGAAUAGAGCGUCCGACGUUUCAAGUAAGCCUGAAAAAAAGGCUGCUCCGAGUAUUACACAGGCAGUUCAGGCCAACGAAGCUGUGAAUAAGGAUGUUCGGAAGAUGGAUUGUUCGAUGUCUUGUCGCUCGGAUGAUUUCAGCGUCAGAUCUUUCGCCUUUCCUAUAUUGGGAAAUGUAGACAAAAGUGGACCGCUUCAGACGGGACAUUUCAGGAAGCCAGAGACUCCAAAGAUCUCUUCAGAAGCUCAAGCCGAUAUCGAGGAAUCAAAGCAAAAGCAAGAGGAGGCACAGAAAUCCCGAGCUUCUAAAACAGAACCCGAAAAAUCAGCAAACGUUAACAACAGAUGGCUCUCUUGCUUCCCUUGUUGCACAAUGUCUUGCCUCUGAAAAAAGAGACGAAAACAAAGAUUUUUGAUUUAAGACCUCUUGCUUCACUUUUAGUUCUUAUAAUGUGUAAGCUAUUGUUUAGAUGAUUAAUAGGUGAUGUCAUGCCGUCGUAUGUUGGAUAUUUUAGAGUAAAUGGUUAAUUGAAAUAAUAUCUCAAAAGUGUAUUCAUGUAAUCCCAAUUAAUCAGUAGGGAUGAAA